CAUCUUAGUCGAAGGGACUGAAGAUUCGCCGCCGCCCCAAGUCCCGGUAAACACCCGCGGGCGGGCUGGGAGCCGUUCUGGGGACCGGAGGGAGCCUGGAUGUAACAUGCAUUUCACAGUGGCCUUCUGGAGACAACGCCUUAACCCAAAGAAGUGACUCGAACAGUGAGAAAUUCAGGUUUGCUGUCCUAUUGGUGAUAUGUCUGACAGUGGUAGCUUGAUCAUGAAGUCACAACUUCAGAUCACUGUCAUCUCAGCAAAACUUAAAGAAAAUAAAAAGAAUUGGUUUGGACCAAGUCCUUAUGUGGAAGUCACAGUGGAUGGACAGUCAAAAAAGACAGAAAAAUGCAACAAUACCAACAGCCCCAAAUGGAAGCAACCCCUUACAGUUAUCGUUACCCCUGUGAGUAAAUUACAUUUUCGAGUGUGGAGUCACCAGACACUGAAGUCUGAUGUUUUAUUGGGAACUGCUGCAUUAGAUAUUUAUGAAACAUUAAAGUCAAACAAUAUGAAACUUGAAGAAGUGAUUGUGACUUUGCAGCUUGCAGGUGACAAAGAGCCAACAGAGACAAUGGGAGACUUGUCAAUUUGUCUUGAUGGGCUGCAGUUAGAAGCUGAAGUUGUCACUAAUGGUGAAACUACAUGUUCAGAAAGUACUUCACAGAAUGAUGAUGGCUCCAGAUCCAAGGAUGAAACGAGAGUGAACACAAGUGGUUCAGAUGACCCUGAGGAUGGAGGGUCUGGUGAAAAUAGAAGGGUCAAUGGGAACAAUUCUCCAUCACUUUCAAAUGGUGGUUUUAAACCUUCUAGACCUCCAAGACCUUCACGACCACCUCCACCCACCCCACGUAGACCAGCAUCUGUCAAUGGUUCACCAUCUACCACUUCUGAAAGUGAUGGAUCUAGUACAGGUUCUCUGCCACCAACAAAUACAAAUACAAAUACAUCUGAAGGAGCAACAUCUGGAUUAAUAAUUCCUCUUACUAUAUCUGGAGGCUCAGGUCCUAGGCCAUUGAAUCCUGUAACUCAAGCUCCCCUACCACCUGGUUGGGAGCAAAGAGUGAACCAGCAUGGGCGAGUUUAUUAUGUAGAUCAUGUUGAAAAAAGAACAACGUGGGAUAGACCUGAGCCUCUACCUCCUGGCUGGGAACGGCGAGUUGACAAUAUGGGACGCAUUUAUUAUGUUGACCAUUUCACAAGAACAACAACAUGGCAGAGGCCAACAUUGGAAUCUGUCCGGAACUACGAACAGUGGCAGCUACAACGUAGUCAACUUCAAGGAGCAAUGCAGCAGUUUAACCAGAGAUUCAUUUAUGGAAAUCAAGAUUUGUUUACUACAUCACAAAAUAAAGAAUUUGAUCCCCUUGGUCCUUUGCCACCUGGAUGGGAGAAGAGAACUGAUAGCAAUGGCAGAGUAUAUUUUGUCAACCACAACACUCGAAUUACACAAUGGGAAGACCCCAGAAAUCAAGGUCAGUUAAAUGAAAAGCCGUUACCUGAAGGCUGGGAAAUGAGAUUCACAGUGGAUGGAAUUCCAUAUUUUGUAGACCACAAUAAAAGAACAACUACCUAUAUAGAUCCACGCACAGGAAAAUCUGCCCUAGACAAUGGACCUCAGAUAGCCUAUGUUCGGGACUUCAAGGCAAAGGUUCAGUAUUUCCGGUUCUGGUGCCAGCAAUUGGCCAUGCCACAGCACAUAAAGAUUACAGUAACAAGAAAAACACUGUUUGAGGAUUCCUUUCAACAGAUAAUGAACUUCAGUCCCCAAGAUCUGCGAAGACGUUUGUGGGUGAUUUUUCCAGGAGAAGAAGGUUUAGAUUAUGGAGGUGUAGCAAGAGAGUGGUUCUUUCUUUUGUCACAUGAAGUUUUGAACCCAAUGUAUUGCCUGUUUGAAUAUGCAGGGAAGGAUAACUACUGCCUGCAGAUAAACCCCGCUUCUUACAUCAAUCCAGAUCACCUGAAAUAUUUUCGUUUUAUUGGCAGGUUUAUUGCCAUGGCUCUGUUCCAUGGAAAAUUCAUAGACACAGGUUUUUCUUUACCAUUCUAUAAAUGUAUCUUGAACAAACCAGUUGGACUUAAGGAUUUAGAAUCUAUUGAUCCAGAAUUUUACAAUUCUCUCAUCUGGGUUAAAGAAAACAAUAUUGAAGAAUGUGGUUUGGAAAUGUACUUCUCCGUGGAUAAAGAAAUUCUAGGUGAAAUUAAAAGUCAUGACUUGAAACCCAAUGGUGGCAAUAUUCUUGUAACAGAAGAAAAUAAAGAGGAAUAUAUCAGAAUGGUAGCUGAGUGGCGGUUAUCUCGAGGUGUUGAAGAACAGACACAAGCUUUUUUUGAGGGUUUUAAUGAAAUUCUUCCUCAGCAGUAUUUGCAAUACUUUGAUGCAAAGGAAUUAGAGGUCCUUUUAUGUGGAAUGCAAGAGAUUGAUUUAAAUGACUGGCAAAGACAUGCAAUCUACCGUCAUUACACUAGGACAAGCAAACAAAUCAUGUGGUUUUGGCAGUUUGUUAAGGAAAUUGAUAAUGAGAAGAGAAUGAGACUUCUGCAAUUUGUCACUGGAACUUGCCGAUUGCCAGUAGGAGGAUUUGCUGACCUCAUGGGAAGCAAUGGACCACAGAAAUUCUGCAUUGAAAAAGUUGGGAAAGAAAAUUGGUUACCCAGAAGUCAUACCUGUUUUAACCGCCUGGACCUUCCACCCUACAAAAGCUACGAGCAACUAAAGGAAAAGCUGUUGUUUGCCAUUGAAGAAACAGAAGGAUUUGGACAAGAAUAACUUCUGAGACCUUGUACCACUGAAGGACAAGAACUUACUUGCAGUGUUUGUCCAUUUCCUGCCUGUUGCACAUCUUGUUGUAAAAUUGGACUGUGACUGUUUAGAAAGUUAUCUGAGUGUAAGUAAAUUAAUGUUAUCAUUGAGAUUUAUCUCCCAGUGAUUCUGGAUUUCUAUUCAACAUUUCCAGAGAUCAGAUCUAUAAAUGAUUAGUCACAACCUUACUUAACAUGAGAUUUAACACAGCAAUGAAAUCUGCCUUGUCUUACUCCACUAGAUUGUUUCCUUAACAGUUUUGUGUGUAUGUCAAAAGUCUCACUUGGGAGUAGGUUUUUUACUUUUAGAGAGAUUCUGCAAAUAUGCAGGGAAGUCUCAUGGUAACUGCAAUAUACAAGAUCUUCCUAUUAAGCCUCUUGCUGAAAGGUAUUUAAUAAAAGUGCAAGCUUAUCCCAGUUUCUGGGCACGUGAGCAGACUUCUAGCUUGUGCUCUCCCUCCCAUUUCAGCCUGGCCUGACUGUUCUUCCUUUCUGGAGCAUGAAUACAUGCAUUAUAUUUUGAUGUUAUUCAUGGAAGUAAUAUAAGACUCUGGCAUCUCUCUACAAAGCAGUUGUGUCUUUUGAAUUCAGGGAAAAGUUGGUUCCAGAUGGCAAAUGAUUUCAUACCUCUCUUCAAUUGGAAGUUUGAUUGUUUUAAUUGCCUUGCAAAUACUAAACAAAGAAUAUUAUAUUAACACUGUGGUUCCUUCACUUUUAUUUUUAAAAAAUAAUCUGGAAUUGGAAUUAAUUUAGCUGAAUUCAUCAAAGGCCAUUAUUGAUGAUUUUUGUAUGAUUAUAUAUAAUUUGAGGCUUUAUAGUUUUUCAACAGUUUCAAUUGUAUUUAAUUAUUGCUAAGGAGUUCAAGUUGUAACUAGAGUAUUGCUAGUUCAAAUACAGGUUAAUGAAACAGCCUCUGAAAUUAUAUUUUUAUGUGGGAGGGAGAACUAUAAUACUGGCUAAAAAAGAAGGGAAGAUAAAAUCUAGUAACCACAUAAAUGUAUUCUCUGUAUGAAUUAAAAAUCUUCAAAAUUAUCAUUUCUCUGACACAUUCUGGAGUAGUCAUUUCCAUUCUUUAUAUUAUCCUGAAUUGAAUUGAAAUCCCUCAUCUACAAUGUUCUUUUCACCCCUAAAAAUUUUGGCAAAUUUUCUUUUUUCCCCAUGACUAGUUUAUUUUAGACUGCUCCGUUAGUAACUAACUGAUGCACUUUCACCUUUUCUAUAGUUAUUUAAUUUAACUUGGCUUAGCUUAGAGUGUCAGGAUAGCUGUCAUCAUAGAUUUGAUUUUAUGGGCAGUGAGAUGAAGCCUAAGCCAGCUGAGUCCCUAUCAUAACUGAACCCUGAGGACAGUCUUAUAACUCCUGUAACAAGGACUUUGGCAUGUUAAGUAUCAUAGCAUGAACAAGUAGCAUUAAGCCAAGAAUACACAGAGAGUAGCAGACCCUGGAAAGAAAAUGUUUUUAUGUUCCAAACUGCUCUUCCUGUUUAAAUCCUGGAAGAACAAAAACAUUUUUAACUUGUAUAUCUGUACUCUUUGACACUGCCAUCAUAAAGCAGAGACUUGCCUGAGUGAAAGGGUUGCCUCAUCCAGAAACUGUCAGUGUAAAGGGAGAAUUUAGGCUCUCCCCAACCCUAUCUUUUUUUAACUCCACAUACCCUAGGAAAUACAAUGUGAUCUCUAAAAGCCUAUUUCCAAAGUAGGGUCUCUCUGCCUUUUUGUUGGUAGGGUAAAAAAACCCUGUUGCUUUGUCUUACAGAGCGAAUGUCUGCCAACUACCCAUUCAUUAUAUAAGCCUGAACUUUGGUAAUAUAUGGCCAUGAAGAUUAAGCCUUCUAUAAAGACUUCCUAUUGAGGUGAAUUCUCAUUCUGAAAUGUAGUUACCUACAAUAUUUACUAGAGAUUUACGAGAUUAAAUUAAGAGAUGUAAGAAAAUAGGCUUUUUUUGGUUCUACAUAAUGCUUCAUAAUUCAUUUAGGAACCUAGAAAUAUUGUGUGAAAUGUAUAAAUAUCACCCAAAAGGCUUUCUACCCUAUAUUUUUAAAAUACAGAAUAGGUAUAUUUGAUAUAGCCCUGGCCCUAGUUCUAUAGGGCUUGGCUAUUUAAUAUUUUUAUGGAAGAAACAUUUAGUUCUGGAAAAGGUAAAUGCUUGUAUAUAUUUUUGCAGCCUGGGAUCUCCCUACUCCAUUUCUUCCUUUAAUUUAAGUGGCCACAUGUAUAUGUCUUCCCUGCUGUGUUAGGAAAAUGGGGGCUGGAUAUCCCAAGAAUCAGAGGUUAUAUAAAAAAAAAUACUACAAAUAGACAGCAGACAUGAAUAUCUACCAAAUGCUAUCUUAAAUUUUGGUCCAAACUGAACAUUUGGAAAUAGAUUUAUUGUAAGUGUUUAGAGCUUUUUCUUAAGUCUGAACUAAAUUGUUUUUAAAGUCCUUUUUCUUUGUAAAGCAUUGUAAAUGCUAAUAAAUCCUGUUAAUUCUUUUUUUUUUUUUUUAUUUUAACUGCAUGUUACAUUGAAAUAAAAACAAAGUAAAAUGAA